AUGUUCGAGAGACAUGCAGCAGACCGCUAUCGCCUGCGCCUACACCGCGCUCGCUCCGCCGUCCUCACCUCCGAUGAAAUGGUCGAAGUGCGUGCCGCCCAACGCACCUUCGAAGGCGCCUACAUCCGCACCGCCCUAUCCUCCUUCUCCUUUGCGCUUAUUGUUCUGAAAGUCUUUACAGCAGAGUUUUACGGUAUCGGGGCAUUAUUCGCGGUCUAUGGUACGGGCGUGUUGAUAAUCAGUGCUUUUCGAAGGCAGCAGGGAAAUCGGCAGUUCUUUUCUGAAAUUGGAGAGGAUGGACUCCGCCGACGCAAGUUCAGGACAAGUGGGAAUGCGGUUGUGUUUUUGACGGCGUUGAGUGUUGCGGCGUAUGGCAGUUUGAUCGGGUUGACGCUCAAGCUGUAA